AUGGCUCGCACGAAACAGCCGGCGGUGAAGCGCGAGUCGUCGUCCGAGUACUUCAACAAGAAGACUGCGGCAUGGGAAGAGACUACCGAUGGCAACCAAGACCGUCUUCCGAGCGGCCAUCGCUCUGACGCUGGAGAGACCACGGCCGAGGCGGGCGUGACACAGCUCGUCAUUUCCGUCGUCGGCAUCUAUGCCUCCUUCUUGACCUGGGCUUUCCUGCAGGAGAAGCUGACGACGACGCCGUACGGACCCGAAGACGCGCCCGAGACGUGGCAAUUCCCCGUCUUUCUCAACACCAUACAGUCCAUCUUCGCCGCCGCUACCGGAUGCCUCUACCUCUACCUCUCGACGCCCCGGGGUACCGAAAUGCCGCCCGUCUUUCCCUCGCGCCGCAUCCUCGGACCGCUGGCCCUCGUCGCCAUCACCUCCAGCCUUGCGAGCCCCUUUGGCUACGCCAGUCUCGCCCACAUCGACUACAUCACUUUUCUCCUCGCCAAGAGCUGCAAGCUCCUCCCCGUCAUGUUCCUUCACAUCACCGUUUUUCGAAAGCGCUACCCGCUCUACAAGUAUCUCGUCGUCGCUGCGGUCACCGCCGGUGUCGCCGUCUUCACCCUCCACUCGGGCCGGAAACCGAAGCCGUCCUCCAAGGCGGAGGGUUCCGACGUUGCCUGGGGUCUCCUCCUUCUCUCCAUCAACCUGCUCUUCGACGGCCUGACCAACAGUACCCAGGACCACAUCUUUCAGUCGUUCCGCCCCUACAGCGGUCCUCAGAUGAUGUGCGCCAACAACAUGAUGAGCACUCUCGUCACAGGUUUCUAUCUGCUGGCGAGCCCCUAUCUCGUUGCCACGGGCAUCGGUGACUGGCUUGGCAUGGACGUUGCCGGAAGCGCGGGCGAGCUCCGUGCCGCCCUGGGAUUCAUGGCCCGCCACCCGUCCGUCUGGAAAGAUGUCCUCGGGUUUGCCGCCUGCGGCGCAGUCGGCCAAGUAUUCAUUUUCUAUACCCUUGCCACCUUCUCUUCCGUCCUGCUCGUCACCGUCACCGUCACGCGCAAAAUGUUUACCAUGAUCCUCUCCGUCAUCGCAUUUGGCCAUCGCCUCACACACAUGCAGUGGCUCGGCGUCGGCCUUGUUUUCGGCGGCAUCGGCGUCGAGGCAGCCAUUGCGCGACAGGAGAAGAUGGCCAAGGAGGCGGCCAAGGCAGCCGCCACCCUGAAGAAGAAAUCAUAA